UUAUCCCGAUCUCUUAUGGUUUACACUACAAUAAUGUAGAUCUAAUUAUGGCUGCUUUAUUUCACAUUUCAGGGUUAAGGCCUUACAAGCCCUAUGAGAUAUCUAUUUAUCCCAAAUAUGUUGACAGGAUUGGACGUCCUCUAACCUUAAUGGUAUACAGCAGUCAGACAGCACCCUCUGUGGCCCCAGAGUUGAAUGUUACAGAAAUAAAUCAUUCAUAUAUCAAACUUCACUGGGAUGAAAUUCCACUUGAGCAGAGAAAUGGGAUCAUUCAAGGAUAUACCAUUUCCUUUUGGCAUGAGAGGGACAGAAUCAAAGUUAUAACGACUGAGAAGACCAGCGUUGUGGUGAGAGAUCUUCAACCACUUACCAAAUAUUAUGCCCUUGUGACUGUUCAUACGAUGGGUGGAAGUUUAAAUGGAUCAGUUGUGACCCUAGCAACUGGAAAAAUUG